AUGUUAGAAUUGAGGGGUGUAAGAAUCGAUGAGGUAAUAGAGAUUGAUAAAAACAUAAGGACAGUGGUAUUCGAAGCUGCUCAAUUAUCCAUAGGUUCAAGUGUAACAUUUGAUGAAGGAAACGAAUAUAUAAGUAUAUCGCAAUCAAAAGGU